AUGGUCCUGCAUUUGCAGCUUGAGUUACCAUUUCCACAAACACCAAGGUACCCAGUUCCAUCAAGCAAACUAAUGGUUCCUCAGGAAAAUCCAUCUAAUUGCGGUGGUUCCUAUCCUCCAGAUCUUCCUUCUGUUUCUCAUGCCUCAAAGUACAUCAGUUCUGACUCUGAUAACUGCAUGGUGUUUGCUGUACAGGGAGGAAGAAGGAGAAAAAAGGUUGGUAUAAAAGGGAGAGGGCCUAGCAUGAGAAAUCCAGCUCAGGUAGCCAGAGGACACUGGGACCAUGAGAGUAAGCACCCAGCCUUUGCAAAGCAGCAGACACGCUUGGAGGUGCACAACUCCAGAGCCACACCUGAGUGAGCUUGGUUGGCCAGGACCCUGACUCUUUCUACUACUCUCCUAUCCCCCCCUGCCCCCACAAUCCUUGCUGCCAGCACUGUGACUUACAUGCCUUGUUGUCAUUUAGGUGACCUCUACAAUCUGGACCCAGCAGAAACAACUUACUAG